CCAGCGUCAAAGAGCAUGCCCUGGUGAGCGGGCUUCUCUUGAGGAGCCCAGCGCUCCGGGCGCUUGCCGGUUUGGGGGUGUCUCCUCCCGGGGCGCCAUGGCGGCUCUGGCCAGUAGCCUGAUCCGGCAGAAGCGGGAGGUCCGCGAGCCCGGGGGCAGCCGGCCCGUGUCGGCGCAGCGGCGCGUGUGUCCCCGCGGCACCAAGUCCCUUUGCCAGAAGCAGCUCCUCAUCCUGCUGUCCAAGGUGCGACUGUGCGGGGGGAGGCCCGCGCGGCUGGACCGCGGCCCUGAGCCUCAGCUCAAAGGCAUCGUCACCAAACUGUUCUGCCGCCAGGGUUUCUACCUCCAGGCGAAUCCUGACGGGAGCAUCCAGGGCACCCCCGAGGACACCAGCUCUUUCACCCACUUCAACCUGAUCCCCGUGGGGCUCCGUGUGGUCACCAUCCAGAGUGCCAAGCUGGGUCACUACAUGGCCAUGAACGCGGAGGGGCUGCUCUACAGCUCGCCACAUUUCACAGCGGAGUGUCGCUUUAAGGAAUGCGUCUUCGAGAAUUACUAUGUCCUGUACGCCUCUGCUCUCUACCGUCAGCGCCGCUCCGGCCGGGCCUGGUACCUGGGCCUGGACAGGGAGGGCCGAGUCAUGAAGGGAAAUCGAGUCAAGAAGACCAAGGCAGCCGCCCACUUUGUGCCCAAGCUCCUGGAGGUGGCCAUGUACCGGGAGCCUUCUCUCCACAGUGUCCCUGAGACCUCCCCUUCCAGUCCCCCUGCCCCCUAAAAUGUAGUCCGUGGACUGGAGGCUCCCUGCCCUUGCAUGGAGCCAGCCACUGCCACCGCCUAUUCCCCAGCCCUGCCACCACCCUCAUGCCCUGAGCAGCCAGGUCCCAGCAGGUGCUCUAUCCUGAGGGAACCAAGGGGCUGACUGUGAACCCCCCCCCCACCGACUUCCAGCUCCUGGGAGGAGUUCAGAGAGGAGGAUUCUGAAAAUGGCCCUGGCUGCUCACUUCUUUCCUUCCACACUCACAGCCCCCCAAAGCCUUUUCCCAAGAAGGUGCUGGGGGUUCCCAAACUGACAGAACCAGGACAUAAAUACUCUGCACCCUGGGCUCAGCCAGUUCCGGGAGCCCUAUGCCCUCUUCGUUGCCACUGAGCCAUAGAUUUAUAGGUCUACUGGAGGUCAGGAUUAGUUUCCUUUUUGCCCUACUACACCUUCUGCCUUGUUCUGGACAGGUUCUGGAACACCGGGCACCCUAGCCAGGGCCCUUUUUGCCCUAAGGCUCUGUGCUGGAUCCAUCAGGCUUCUGUCCUUGACCCAGAUGGACCCCUGGUUUCCGAGUAGAGAGAGGUUAGAUUUGAGCUCUAUCCAGCUGCUGGCCUUGGCCUGAACUAGGACCAGUCUCAGAUCACCACAGUUUUAACUUUCUUAUCCCAAAGACACCCAAUUCUAGAGCAUGGUGUUCUAGACACACAUGGAGCCAUACUUCCUUCUGAAUCUCAGCUCUAGGACAUAGACCACGACUCUCAGCCCUUCCCUCCAGGAUGGAACCCGGGCCUAUACAGCCAUAUCAGUGCUCAUAUAGAGAGUUCUAGACCCACCCUCCUACCUUCUCUAGUAAUACCUAUUAAAGGUGAGCUCUGGAAAGAACCCAGCUAUGAUUCACUAAGAACGUUGUUGAUGAAUCAAGAAAUGCUUCUUGUUUUUCCUAGAUUUUCUAAAAAUCCGAUUCUCCCUACAGAAUGCUAACCUUAGUUUUACAUGCAGUUUCUAGCUCCUGUAACUCAGCUGGGGUCCUGCCAGGGAAACAGAGUCUGAGGAAGGGCAGAGGAGUCUGGGAAGGAAUCCUUGGCUCAUAGCAGGGAACCUGAGAUGGCCAAGGGGCCAAACCCAUGGCAUGUUUUGGCUGUGUCUGGGUUGGGGGGACAUGAACACUUAGCUACCUCAGCAGGAAUUCCUUCCAGGUCCCCUUUAAAGCUGAGGUCUCUAAGGUAAUGGAUCUAGUAUAAAAAGAACAAACAGGACACAGCCUUGAUCCCCAGUGCAGAGAUCCCAAUUCAGCAAUAAGUCUCCCCUAUAAGUCAGGCCAAGGACGGUGAGGGCCUCUUGGGCUCUAGACCUCAUAUAACCCCAGAGCUUCUAACUUAAUAGAGCUUGCUUUUACCUUACAGCUUAUAACUUCAGCUAAGUCUUAGGUACCCGAAAAGGGCCUGACUAGAUUUUUCUGAAAAGCGUGUAGAGCUAGGGGCAGCCCUGAGAAAGAUCAGGAACCCACCAGUGAACUAGGAGGAAGGCUCCGAGUAGCCUCAGACCUGGGCAGGGAAGACGGAGGAGACCCUAAAGGGAGGGGCUCGGGCUCAGAGGCGGGUCGUUCUUCCUCAGGCUCUUUCUAUUUCUGGCUUGUUGCAAGAGGGGUGCAUACUCCCCUAGCCCACACAGACCCCGCUCAGGCUCCGCCCAUCCCCUGGCUCUGCUCCCAGGGGACGGGGUCUCCACUCCAUGCUUUCUCAAUUAAAGACGAUUUCUACAACUGAA